AUGACUGAUAUAUCUGCUGGUAAUUCGCUUCCAUCAGAUCUACUCACCACUCUACCAUACACCGCUACCACCGCUGCGCACCCACCUGACACCACCGCAGMCCCCUCGUCCGCCGUUCCGCCACCUGCCGCCAAAUACCCUUCCACUACCGGCUCCAUCUCAAAAGGCAAUCGCAGGUCCCUUGCCGGCUUCGCUUUGGAAAAGACUUCGAACGUGUUCGCAAACCUCACCACCUCUUUGGCCACCAUCUCCACGCCUGCUUUACGGACUAGUUCGUCGACCGGUAGCCUCUCCAGGCAAUCACACAAGUACUCUCAGGUUGGUGGUGCUUCGCUUCCGGCGGAUCGGGAGUUAAGCAACGAGGAGCUACCAGCCCUGCCUCUUAUUAAAGCCCCUUCGUCAGGUCUCAGUCGCCGGGGUACAGUGCGGCUGAUACCACAAGAGCCUCUCAAUCUGGAUAAUACCGCGUCCUCGCGAGCGAACAAGAUGCAUCAAACGUCGUCAAGGCUCCUCCGCAUGACGGAGGAUGACCGUCCUUUUACAAAGGACUUCAAUGAUCUGUUUGCUACUUUGAUGGUGAGCUUGAAGCUGGAUACUCAUCGUGUGCGCUUCACUAGAUUUGAGCACACUUUCACAUCCGAAGAAGCGAUCAACAACUUGGGAUCUCUGAAGUUCUCUCAGUCAAACCGCAUGCCAGACCCCAAGGAUCCUUCACGCAUCGUCACUACGACAACUACCACCACUUUCUCCAUGGCAAAAGAGAUGGCUCGAUCUGUAUGUCAACGUUUUGCUGACGCACGCUUCGUUGAACCGGUUGAUGGCAGAGGCAACCCAUUUUUCCCCAUGAAAGGAGGUCUUUAUCAAUUAACUCCCAAGGGAAUCAACAUUCUCCAACGUUUCUGCCAACGAAAUGGUAUCACUGCCCGACAUGUUAUGGAAGUCCUGGAGUCUCCACGAAACACUAUGCAGCUGGUCAAUUUGGAACGUGAUACUGAAACCGACAAGCUCUCCACAGAUCGAGCAACCAUUGAGGUUAUUUUCCGUCGCUUUGCCGGGCAAGACGGCCCUAAUAUCAAAACCUCCACAUCCAGCUCCGACUCCGACUCGCUAAGCGAUUACUCUAAUGGUCUCGUGGGUGUCAAGAUGGCGAAAGAGAGGAAAAUUGGCGACAAGUUCUUUGCGAAUACUUUCACCGGAAAAGCAGCAGUUGACUGGCUCAUGGAUUGUUCGACUACCAACGACCGUCGCGAAACCUGCUUGAUCGCUGCUCUGUUCAUCAAACAUGGUCUCAUCACCUCCGUUCAAGAAGAUCGACCUUACGCUGCGCAAGAACCUACCGCUGUUGAUUUCCAGCCUACCAAACAUGCUAUUUACACAGUGACUGAGCAUGGACAACGUGUAUGUGGAUGGAUUGCCCGUGAUAAGAGCAACGUCUCGCAAUACGACGGCCGAGGUGCACGCGAUUCCAACAAUGCUCGUCUCAACCACAUUUUGCACGAUCCGGCACUGCGCUUGCUCUUCCGGGAGUUCCUACGCUAUUCCUUGUGCGAGGAGAACUUGUCUUUUUACCUUGAUGUUUCCGAGUUUACAUCGCACUACCACCGAUUGGAAAAAUCCGGUGCAUUGAACAAGAUCGAAACCGUUCGAGAGACCCUUGCUGCAGCCUACGGUCUUUACAAUGCUUUCUUGGCGCCUGGCUCGCCUUGUGAAUUGAACAUUGAGCACGGUCUUAGAAACAGCCUUGCCAGCCGCAUGACCAAGGCCGUUGGAGAUGAUGAGUCUAUGCUCAAGAGCCUUCAGGAAGUCGUCAACUUGUUUGAAUUGGCUCAGACUUCCGUCUUUAAGUUGAUGUCAAGUGACUCUGUUCCCAAGUUCGUUCGUGAUCCCAAGUACUCGGUCGUCCUACAGGAGCACGAAUUUGACCUAGGGACCAAUGGUCGGUCGUAUUCACCCACACCUGCUCCUGUCCCAGAGCGAUCCUUGAGCCGAUCUGUGCGAACAUAA